AUGGUAGUCCUGGGGUUAUUCCUGGCCCUUCUCGCCCUGGGCACAGAAAGCUUCGCUGCUGGUGCCACUGUUAGGUGCGAACAGCCUCUUGGACCCAAUAGUGUCAGGCGCGUUCAGACCAACACGUCCACCAAGGUAGAAACAAUCACCAUCACCGACAAUAUUAUCAGCCAAGAUACCGGCACUGUCCGUCCCAUCGCCACGACAACUACCAUCAAUAAAACAACCACGAAGAUGGCAACAAUCACAGCAAGCCCAGAAGCCAAGAUAGCUACCAGCACGGUUACCAUACUAACUUCGGUUAAUCACACACUAACCACGACCGAGACGCAGACGAACACGAACACCAUUACGACUACCAGUUUUUACAAUGUGACUAUCUCAAAGAAGCCUAACUUUACCGCGAUUCUUGAUACGACUCAAAUGGAAAGUAGUGAUGAACGCGCGAAGACUCAGAAGAUCGGGAAAAGCGUUCAGCUGUUUUUGUAUGGUCAGACAAAGCAUUGUACUAAAGAGAUGCCGAUAUACACGAGGGUGACUCUCACCACCUUUCGCCAGGAGACACCGAACACCACCGAGAUUUCUACCGAGACAAGCACGUCGACUAUCACGACUACUGUGUUGGAGACUCAAUAUCCUUCGGGCCUUAAUACCACCGUGACAAUUACUGUUCGUCCCAUCGAAACGGCAUUUAUCAACGCGACAAUGACUACUACCGUUAAUGAGACGGUCACCCUCGAGAGACAAAUACCCCAAGACACCCACUACGCCGCCUGCUCCAGCGACAACAUCCUCCGAUACGCGCCUGGCAAUCGCCUCAUCACCUCAUGGAUCAACCAAGACUCCGAUAUGGCACCAACAAUCGUAAGCGCCAACACACCACUCGACUGUUGCGUAGAGUGUAUGAAGCGGCCAUACUGCCGCAUCAGCUUCUUCGGCCGGCGCCCUGGGGAUCGUCUAUCAAACUCCCCCAACUGCUAUCUUUAUAUUACUCUUGACAGAAUGAAGUGUGUCGAAGGGGCGCAGCCGCUGUACGCCAACAAUGGGCCGUGCGGGCAGUUGAAGUAUGGAGGGCAUAUAAAAGACAAGGAGAAGGAUUGGAAGGGGAUACUUAAGGACGAUGUCAAAGAUGGUUUGAAGCUCACUGGGGAGGCCAGGGGAUUGGUAGAUAAGUUGUUCGACUUCCCGAGAUGA